AGGUCUUCUAACUAGGGCAGACUGAAAUUGGCAGAAGACCGAGGAAUUCCUUCAGACCUCUUGGAGGCUUCCUUGGAGCAUAGAUGGAAGAGGAAAACUCGGCAGGCCCCGAAAAAGGAAGAGGCCGUGAUGCCAUCAAGACUGGGAGCAGUAGGGGAUUCUGGGAGAGAACAGUGCAGAAGAUCCUGGGUGAGGAGGACAACCUCAGCUCAGAUGUGCAGCGUCAGCAGUUCAGGGAGUUUUGCUACCAGGAGGCCAAGGGGCCCCGAGAGGUUUGGAGUCAACUCCACCGCCUUUGUCGUCAGUGGUUGAAGCCGGAGGAACACACCAAGACUCAGAUCCUGGACCUGGUGAUCCUGGAGCAAUUCUUGACUGUCCUUCCACUGGAGAUGGAAAGCUGGGUGAGGGAAUGUGGGGCGGAGACCAGUUCCCAGGCGGUGGCCCUGGUCGAAGCUUUCCUCCUGAGUCAAGCAGAGGUCAAGAAGCAGAAGGAGCAGCAGAUGCAGGAUCCGUUUGACAAAAAGGCCACUGAUCUCCCAGAGGUGGAGAGGAAUCCAUCGGACUCCAGACAGGGCCCACUGGGUGAAGGAAUGCUUUCAGCAAGAUCACCUCAGGCAUCUCCUCAUUGCAAUGGAAGGGUAGCAGUUGCAGUGGAACAAGAUCAGGGUACAGUGUUCUUUGAGGAUGUGGCUGUAUACUUCACGGAUGAGGAGUGGGCUCUGCUGAAUCCUGAUCAGAGAAUGCUGCAUAACAGUGUCAUGGAGGAGAAUUGUGUGAUCGUGGCGUCUCUUGAAGGUGACAAAUUGGAAACCAAGAAUCAGGGAGACCAUGACAAACUCCACACAGUAGAGAAGUCAUAUGAAUAUCUGGAGUGUGGAGAGAGCAUCUAUCAGAGUGCCCAUCAAGGAACUGACAACAAGGAGAAACUUUAUGAGUGCUUGGAAUGUGGGAAGAACUUCAGCUGGAAGAAAAAUCUCACUUCCCAUCAAAGAAUUCAUACCGAAGAGAAGCGAUAUCAGUGCUUGGAUUGUGGAAAGAGCUUUAACAGAAGCACAGAUUUCUGUCGUCAUCAAAGAAUUCACACAGGGGAGAGACCGUACGAAUGCUUAGAAUGUGGAAAGAGCUUCAGUCAGAGCUCCAACCUCCAUGCCCAUCAAAGAAUUCACAGUGGGAACAAACCCUACCAGUGUUUGGAAUGUGGGAUUGGCUUCACCACCAAGAGAAGUCUCACUUCCCAUCAAAGAAUUCAUACUGGGGAGAGACCAUAUCAGUGUCUGGAAUGUGGGAAGAGCUAUAGCUGGAAGGACAGUCUCACCUCCCAUCAAAGGAUUCAUACAGGGGAAAAGCCCUAUCAGUGCUUGGAGUGUGGAAAGAGCUUCCACAGAAGCACACAUUUCCGCCGCCAUCAAAGAAUUCACAGCGGGGAGAAACCCUACCAGUGCUUGGAAUGUGGGAAGACCUUCAGCUGGAAGGAAAGCCUCAUGACACAUCCAAGAAUUCACACAGAAGAGGAACCACACCAGUGCUUGGAGUGUGGAAAGAGCUUCAGUGAUAUGAAAGCUUUCACUACUCAUCAAAGAACCCACACUGUGGAAAAGCCAUACAAGUGCUUGGAAUGUGGAAAGAGCUUCCGACAGAACAUAACUCUCAGCUAUCAUCAAAAAACUCACACAGGGGAAAAACCCUAUGAAUGUUUGGACUGUGGAAAGAGCUUCAUUCGAAAGAUAAAUCUCACUUACCAUCAAAGACUUCACACAGGGGAGAAACCGUAUCAGUGCUUGGAAUGUGGAAGGAGCUUCAUUCGAAAGAUAAACCUCACUUCCCAUCAGACAAUCCACACAGGGGAGAAACCAUUUCAGUGCUUGGAGUGCGGGAAGAGCUUUAGACAGAAUAUAACUCUCAGUAAUCAUCAAAGACUACACACAGGAGAGAAACCCUAUCAGUGCUUGGAGUGUGGCAAGAGCUUCAUUCGGAAGACUGAUCUUAGUUAUCAUCAAAGAAUCCACACAGGGGAGAAACCUUAUCAGUGCUUGGUGUGUGGAGUGAGCUUUACAAGGAAAAGGCACCUCACGUCUCACCAAACGAUUCACACAGGGGAGAAACCAUAUAAAUGCUCGGAGUGUGGAAAGUGCUUUCGCCUGAACAGAGACCUCAUUCCUCAUCGAAGAAUUCACACUGGGGAGAAACCGUAUCACUGUUUGAAGUGUGUAAAGAGUUUCAAUACAAACGCAAACCUCCGUUGUCAUGAGAGAGUUCACACAGGAGUAAAACCAUAUAAAUGUACGGAGUGCGGGAAGAGCUUCAGUGCGAAGAAAACUCUAAUUUCCCAUCAAAGAACGCAUACAGGGGAAAGCGAUAUGAAUGUUUGCAGUGUGGAAAGAGUUUCUAUGUAAAUAAAGUUCUCAUUUCUUUGAAUUAACAUGGGAUAAACUAUUCUAGUGCUUGGAGUGUGGAAAAGAACCUCAAUGGAAAUACAUGAAAUGAUGCACAUAAGGGUAAA